AUGACCGCCGACCAUCUUGCCCCGCCAUCAUCAGGGAGCUGUACUGACCUGUCAAUCAAUGACGCGGUGCAGAAUCCAGACAUGGACUCGCCCAAUGCCAUGGCCAUAGAUUCCGACGAUACCCAUAUAAUCCAGCCCAACGGCCUGCCGGAGAAGGACCAUGUCACCGAGAUCACGCCCGAGACCUUGUCCGGGGAUGCAGAGCAGCUUCAUGACCUGCCUCUCGCAAACGAUUCUGAUACUGAUCCUUGGCGUGCAGAUGAGGCUAUGAAAGAGCUUGUUCUGGUACCCCUACCAGAGGAGCCCCGAGUUCUCGAGGAUGCCGUGGACACUUGGACUGUAGAGGGCUGGCGGACCCUGGCCAAGAAGGAACACGGCCCAAUAUUCCAGGCUGGCGGUUUCCCAUGGCGGAUCCUCCUCUUCCCCUUCGGUAACAGCGUUGAUCAGUGUUCCAUAUACCUCGAGCAUGGAUUCGACCCCGAGAACGUCCCCGAGGACUGGAGUUGUUGUGUUCAAUUUGCCCUGGUGCUGUGGAACCCCGAGGAUCCGUCCAUAUAUGUUCACCAUACCGCGCAUCAUCGCUUCACGAAGGAGGAGAGUGACUGGGGAUUCACUAGAUUCCUAGAACUCCGGAAGAUGUUCAACAAGGAGUUUGAGCAAGCGUCUCGUCCAAUGGUCGAAAACGAGCGAGCCAACAUCACUGCCUACGUACGAGUGGUCGAGGAUGAGACCGGAGUCCUGUGGCACAACUUUACCAACUACGAUUCCAAGAAAGAGACGGGCUACGUCGGUCUCAAGAACCAGGGAGCCACUUGCUACCUUAACUCACUUUUGCAAUCUCUUUACUUCACGAAUGCUUUCCGCAAGGCAAUCUACCAAAUACCCACAGCUGAGGAUGAGAGCAUGAAUAACAGCGCAUACACCCUGCAGCGCCUUUUUUAUCAACUCCAGACAUCCAACACGGCUGUGAGCACGAACGAGCUGACCAAAUCUUUCGGCUGGGAGACGCGUCACAUCUUUGAGCAGCAGGACGUACAGGAACUCUCCCGAAAGCUCAUGGAGAGGAUGGAAGAGAAGAUGAAGGGCACGCAAGCGGAGAAUGUGCUCCCCUCGAUGUUCAGCGGCAAGAUCAAGACCUACAUAUCUUGCAUCAACGUUGACUACGAAUCUAGCCGCAUUGAAGACUUUUGGGACAUCCAGCUGAACGUGAGCGGAAACAAGAGCCUGCAAGCGAGUUUCGAGGACUACAUCAGUGUCGAACGGAUGGAAGGGGACAACAAGUACUUUGCAGGCGACGAACAUAAGUUGCAAGACGCCAACAAGGGUGUCAUCUUCACGAGCUUCCCCGACGUGCUGCAUCUUCAACUGAAGCGUUUCGAGUACGACAUCGCCAAAGACACCAUGAUGAAGGUCAACGAUCGCUACGAAUUUCCCGAAUAUUUCGACGCCGCCCCUUACCUCGCUGCGGACUGCGACAAGUCUGAGCCUUGGACGUACCAGUUGCAUGGUGUUCUAGUCCACAGUGGAGAUCUCAAUGCCGGGCACUACUAUGCUUUCCUCAAGCCCAACAAGGAUGGCUGGUUCUACAAGUACGACGACGACAAGGUCACCAAGGCAACGAGACGUGAAGUUCUCGAGGAGAACUUUGGCGGGCCAUUCCCCACCCUCAACGGAAACGCACGUGGUCCUGUGCAGAAGAAGGCACCUAUCAUGCGACCGAACAGCGCCUAUAUGCUUGUUUACAUCAGACAGUCACGAGUCGAUCGGAUACUGACCCCUGUCGAGGAGAUCGACACCCCCCAGCAUCUUCAAAAGCGAUUUGAAGAGGAGGCUGCUGCCAGGGAGGCCAAGAGACGCGAGCGUGACGAACAGCAUUUGUACCUCGGUGUCAAGGUUAUCACUGAUGCAACUUUUGCCCAUCAUGGGGGCUUCGACUUGACCUCGUUUGACUCGAAUCCCGAGGCUGACCCGGCCGCGCCCAAGUUCUACAAAUUGCUGCGGACAACGACUGUAGAAGAGGCCGUCCAAAAGGUUGCUGCCGACAUGGGUCAAGACCCGAAACGUGUACGCCUUUGGAUACUGGUCAACCGACAAAACAAGACUAUCCGCCCAGACCAGCCGAUUAUGGAUCUCCAGCCCACUAUCGAAGACACAUUUGCUCGUGCUGCAGCACAUAGAGAUACUGCUUUGAGACUCUGGGCUGAAGUUGCUGAAGAGGUCAACGCAGACGGCGAGGCUCUUUGGCCUACCUAUCAGAGCCAGCCAAACGGCGUGGUUGUUAAGAAUGACCUGAUCCUGCUGUUCCUGAAGUGUUUCGAUCAGGAGGCUCAGACCCUCAAGGGAGUCGGCCACGUGUACAUCAGCCGCGAGAAGAAGGUCGAGGAUCUUGUCCCUACGAUUCUGAAAAAGAUGGGCUGGGGAGAUAAGCUGCCUGGUGAUGAGAAGAUCAUGCUCUGGGAGGAAAUCAAACCCAACAUGAUCGAGGUGUUGAAGGGCAAGCAAAACCUCAAGGCCGCCGAGCUUCAAGAUGGAGAUAUCGUCUGCUUCCAGCGAACGGCGGAACGCAAAUCAUCAGAGCGCCACUUCCUCGAGAAGAAGCACACUGCCGACAAGGCUGUCGAAGAGACCACCAGGAAGUCGGACCAAUUCGAAGACGCGAAGGAGUACUACGACUUCUUGAUGAACAAGAAGACAGUCAGGUUCCAUGCUCAUACAACCCGCUGCGACUCUAACCUCUAUCCGCCUUUCGACCUGGUUCUCAACUCGCGCAUGGGCUAUGACCAGCUCUCGGAAAAGGUCGGUGAGAAGUUGGGCGUGGAAGGCACUCAUCUACGCUUCUUCACCGUCAACGGUACUACCGGCAACCCGAGAGGGGCUGUCAAGCGCUUACAGACUGCGACGCUCAACACAAUCCUUAACCCCAGCGGCUAUGGACAGUUGAACAUGAACCAACGGAACGAUGCGCUCUACUUUGAGGUUCUCGACAUGAGCUUGGCAGAGUUGGAUACCAAGAAGAAUGUGCGGAUUACCUGGCUUAGUGAAGGAAUCACCAAGGAGGAUCAAUACGAUGUUCUCGUGUCAAAGAAUGGGACCAUUGAGGAUCUCAUCGUGGCAUUGACGAAGAAGGCCAAGCUCGCGGACGAAGAGGAAGGUGGCAGAAUCCGCGUUUACGAGACCAACAACCACAAAUUCUCCCGCGAGUUGGCUAGGGACUACCCCGUGAUUAGCAUCAACGAGUACACGCGUUUGGUCGCAGAGAGGAUACCCGAGGAGGAACUCGAGGCUGAGGAAGGCCGGUUUAUCCCUGUCCUCCACUUCCAGAACGAGCCGAGCAGGCUUCACGGCGUUCCCUUCAGGCUUCUCCUUCAAGAGGUAAGUGAUGUCGAAUGCUCGCACUUUGAUUUCUUGGCUGGCAUGUACUCACACGAGGAGCAGGGUGAACUCUUCAGUGAGACCAAGAAGCGACUCGAGAAGCGGACAGGACUCAAGGGCAAGAGUUUCGAAAAGAUCAAGUUUGCUGUUGUGCGUAGGUCACAGUUCUCGAAACAGCAAUACUUGAAUGAUGACGAUAUUCUCUCGGACCUCAUUACGUCGGACGAUGAAUACCUCGGCCUCGACCACGCUGAUAGAUCAAGAUCGGUGCGCAAUGGCGCUGGUGAUCUCUUCCUCAAGUAA